UAUUUUAUUUUCUUUCCCUCCAGGUGGAUUCAAAGAGCAGGUCAUCGUGCACUGCAGUGCUGCAGCGAGUGUCCUCCUACCUGGAGCUGCCGCUGCUCUUCGAGAGGCCAUACAUCACCUACACGCUGGCCGUCACUCUUCUUAACGUCGGCUACUUUGUGCCAUAUUUCCACCUGGUGGCCCACAGUCGCCAAGCCGGCUUCUCGGAGUACCAAGCCGCUUUUGUCAUGUCAGCCGCCGGCGCUACAGACAUUUUGGGGCGCGUGGCGUCGGGCUGGUUCUCAGACCUGGGUCACUUCCGGCCGAUUCAUCUGCUGACCACGUGGACGACGCUGGCGGGAGUGUUCAUCAUGCUGCUGCCUGUGAGCUCGCUGUCCGGCUCGUACGCCGCUCUGAUGGUGAUCAGCCUCCUCUACGGCUUCUGCUCGGGGGCGCUGACGUCUCUGGUGUUUGCGGUGGUGCCCAUGAUAGUGGGCGUGGAGCGCAUGAUGGGGGCCCUCGGCCUGCUGCAGCUGAUCGAGAGCGGCGCGGGGCUGCUGGGGACGCCUCUGUCAGGUGAGUUACGCAGGUCAUAAUGCAGGUCAUGUCACCAUGUUCCAAGUCAUCUGC